CUUCUUCCCCUUUUCAUCGUGUUUGUUGGAGCUUGGUAAGCUGUCGCUGUAUUCGCGUUUUCUCUAGAAAUUAUAUGUAGAAUCAAAUCUACGCAAUACAACGAAACGCAUUGUAAGUGAUCGUGUCACGAGUUCAAGUUUUUCACGAAGAAAAAGAAGAAUAGCAAAAAAUUGGGCACAAUUUCUAGUUCGCUGGCUGCUGUACACGGCUCAGCAGCUGAGGUUGGUGUGCGAACGUGCGUGUGUGUGUGCGUGUGUAUGUGACAAUGUGCAAUGGUGGCCGUGCAAACUUCUCGGAGGAAAAAGAACGCUGUUGAGAGGGUUGGAUUUUGUACGAGCACCACGCAUCUGAAUGACGACGUGCGCUAUUCCGGUUUUGUGUUUUGUGUGAGAUGCUAGGUUAUGCGAAAGUCCUGAAAUCCGCAGCACGAGCUUUUUAAUACGACUGGCAGUGAUCGAUAUUUUUUGUUGCAAAAAUACCGCAUAGGUAGAAGAUAAGGCGGCAGCGCCUGCUGGCCCCUUUCUCUAUACAUCAUCCGCACAUUGGAAGUUUCCAAGAAGCGAUUUGACAAGUGGUGGCGACAUCCAUAUCCUGCACGCUCACAAUCCUAGCUUAUCGGCAGCGGCAAGCAGUGGCAAUAGUCGAACUCUGUGCAUCUAACCAUAGGAAGAUAACCAUCGUUUGCUUAGAUGAUUAGAGCGGGCAAAAAGCUGAGAAAAGUGUAGAGUUCUUGUUGUCGUUACUAUUGUUAUUACUUGAGUGCGCUUUUGCUCGCUUCUAUCAGAUCAUACGAUGAGUCCAGCCAGUCGCACUGUUCCUGUGAGAUGUGCGCUCUAGGUAGUGGUGUUUUUGUAGGUGAAAAGAAGAAAAAAACCGCACUGUCCCGAAAUGAAUGCCGUAUUUCAAGUGUUAGGUUUGGCGUGUUGAAGCAACAUUGAGGUUUUCCUUUUGCAGUUAAAACAAAAAAGAAAAUACUGUCAAAAUUCUUAUAUGUGCGUGUUUUACCCCGUGGGUGGUUCUGUGUAUGAUGGUCAGAAAAUUUUAACCAUAGUCGGAAGCGGGUCGACCUUGCAGGUGGUGUGUAGAAAAGUGAGCUGUCACACUCACCCGUGCUUAUCGCCGAGAGUGUUUCUUGGUAAUACGUUUGGACAGUGAGAUGUAGUGCCUUUUUCUUGUCGAUGGUCCAUACGAAAAAGUGCAAUUUUUAGCAGGCAGUGAAAUUAUUUGUCUAACUGUACUCGACUCACGAAGCGGAUGCCAGUCUCGGCAUUUAUGUGAUGCGGUAACAAAUGCUCGAUCGCUGGUUAAUUGUGACCUAGUUGUUUUCGUUGGUAUUAUUAAAGUGAAUAAAACACAAGUGCGCAAUAUUGUUGGAAAGGUACACAACACCAUUCAAUCAGGAGGAGACUCCUGCAUUCCUUACAUCGCCGUUACAGCCCAUUUGCCGAAGUGUUGUGUGGUAGCUUCAAAGCUGUGAUUAUUGAAAAGAUUUGCGUUCUUCCGAAGCAGGAGAAGUGUGCAUAAGGAAAAAAAUAGUGUCUUGUGAUUCUGUUGAACUAACCAAACGCCGUGUAAAGAAAGAGUUUAUUUUUGUAUGAAGUCUAUCCCUGGUAGUGGUUGCGACUGGAUUUGACAUGGCCGGUAAUGGCGAAACAUCGUGGUGCUUUUCACAGAUAAAGGGUGCCCUGGAUGAUGAUGUUACCGAGGCCGACAUCAUUUCCUGCGUCGAGUUUAAUCACGAUGGUGAACUUUUGGCCACUGGUGAUAAAGGAGGCAGGGUUGUUAUAUUCCAGAGAGACCCAUCGUCGAAGGCUUCAACACCGCGGCGUGGUGAAUACAAUGUGUAUUCAACAUUUCAAUCGCAUGAACCUGAAUUCGAUUACUUAAAGUCGCUCGAGAUUGAGGAAAAAAUUAACAAAAUCAGAUGGCUGAGGCGCAAGAAUCAGUCACACUUUCUGCUCUCGACCAACGACAAAACGAUCAAGCUGUGGAAGGUGUCGGAGCGCGAUAAGCGAGUGGAGGGAUACAACACACGGGAGGACAAUGGCAGCAUUCGCGAUCCGGCCUCGAUCAAUUCGCUGAGAGUGCCAUCGAUCAAGCCGAUGGAUCUGAUGGUGGAGGCAUCGCCACGUCGCAUUUUUGCGAACGCCCAUACCUACCACAUUAACUCGAUCUCGGUGAACUCGGAUCAGGAGACGUACCUGUCGGCGGAUGAUCUACGGAUCAACUUGUGGCAUCUAGAGAUUACCGACCAGAGCUUCAAUAUCGUCGACAUCAAACCGGCGAAUAUGGAGGAGCUGACUGAGGUGAUCACGGCGGCCGAAUUCCACCCGACCGAGUGCAACGUGUUCGUCUACUCGAGCAGCAAGGGUACAAUUAGGUUAUGUGAUAUGCGCUCUUCGGCAUUGUGCGAUCGGCAUGCAAAGCUGUUCGAGGAACCGGAAGAUGUGGACACAACGAACAAGAGUUUUUUCCGCGAAAUCAUAAGUUCGAUUAGCGAUGUGAAGCUGAGCAACUCUGGACGCUACAUGAUCUCGAGGGACUAUCUGAGUAUUAAGGUGUGGGACCUGCACAUGGAAACUAAACCUAUUGAAACGUAUCCGGUACAUGAAUACCUCCGCACGAAGCUGUGUUCGCUAUACGAGAACGACUGUAUCUUCGACAAGUUCGAAUGUUGCUGGAACGGUAACGAUUCCGCCAUUAUGACUGGCAGUUACAACAAUUUCUUCCGCAUUUUUGAUCGGAACACGAACAAGGACGUGACGCUCGAGGCGUCUCGCGACAUCAUCAAACCGAAGACAGUGUUGAAACCGCGCAAAGUGUGUACCGGUGGCAAGCGGAAAAAGGACGAAAUCAGCGUUGACUGUUUGGCCUUCAACAAGCGAAUUCUGCACACUGCUUGGCAUCCGCUCGAAAACAUCAUCGCCGUGGCCGCCACCAAUAAUUUAUUCAUUUUUCAGGAUAAGUUUUAGCCAAUAGUAAUAGUAGUAGUGAGGAUAAUUAAAUAUUAUUCUAAUUGUAAUGAUUACGAUUAUUAUUGAUAGAGUUUCCUGGGCAUACACAUACGGCGGAACAAAGGAAGGUUAGGGUGGAAACAUAACGGUGAAUGCAGAAGCGAAGCGCGCAUAAUAUUUUCGAUGUUCUGGCAGGUAUGAAAAGAAAGGGAUUGUAAGAAAGCCAAGGGUGUAAGGCAAAAAAACACAUUUCAGAACAUAAAAUGGUUACGUCUGUGGACAUCAUCACAAAUGGACGCAAGCAAAAAAAAAAAAAUACAAUCAGCAGGCUGGAAACUGGCCAGAAAUAGCGAGUGUGCUUGCGUGUGUGUAGUAGCAUGGCUAAAAUAGUACAGCAGACAAACCUCGAAGAGGAGGAGGGUGUCGUAUGCCGUUUGCAGACCGCAAGAUAGAUAGGACAGAAAUGUGUCUUUGCAUUGCCCAUAUUGUUUAAGAGAACUUGUGUAAAUGCAUUUGAACAGUUUUUUUUUUGCAGUGUUCUUAUUCUACACGCAAUUGAAACCAUGCUUCACCUUUACCUAUGUGCGCGGUCAAAUCCUGUACGCUUUCCAGCUUAAUUCACAUUUUCAUAGAACCACCAUCGAGCGUGGAAUCGAGAUGAUGCGUAACAUCGGGAAAAUUUUGUUACACUUUUGCCUCCUGUUUGCUCGUUGUUGUUCAUCCUAACAGCAAAAGCAGGUAGCUUGAUUUGUUUGGCGACUGUCCCCAGGCCUAGGUUCCCAGGAAACGUACGAAGAAAGAGCAAUCCGAUCGUUAUAUCCACCCCAACAAUAGAUUCAGGAGUGUAGCUUCAGCGACUGGCGGGCACUAUAUACAAAAGAACAAUAAUUGCUGAAACGCCAUGUGCACAUGUGUUUGAUGCGUUUGCGGGUAUGAUGUCGUAUGAAUGGGCAAGAGUAGUGUGUGAGUAGUGAGUGAGAGAAAAUUGGGUGUGUGCGAUGAUGUAGUUUGUAUGUGGGGGCAGUGUGUGCGUGUGUGUGAGUGUGUACGCGUGUGCAGGGCGCAGAAGGAAGAGGCAGCACUGCGUGUGCUUCGAAUGAUAGGAUAUGAUGCAAAUGGAAAUACAUCGUUAAUUCUAGAUACUAGUGAAAAUAAAUCAGUUAGGGUGCGGCGAGGUGUUUGCGGAAAAUGGUGAAUGAGAAAAUGAAUUGCAACAAAAACAUAGGUGUAAAAAAACGAAUCGUAAUACAUUGGCUUUGGUGGUGAUACCGUGUGCAGCUCGGUCACAAUGAAAACGAGGAACAGAAAAGAGACACAGAGGACCGAAAUUUGCACGCAGUGAAAAGGUAUCAGGAAGAACAAGUGCAAGCUUCAGAAAUUGGGAAAAGAGAACCCAUCAACCAUGCGAAAGAUGAAUCGCUAGCGUCAAAAUUAAUGGCUAGAGAUUGUUGUGCUAAGCAUUUCUUACAAGAGGUGAAAUAAUUUACAAUUAUAACCUCCUUGCUUUUCAGUUCAUGAAGCACUAUCGUUAAAGAUGAUAACAGCAAAAAACAAACACGGAGGCGUACACGCAGACACACCAAUCGAUACAAAAUCGUUCCCUUAGCGUAUUUAUACAUCAAACAUCGCAAAUGAACAAAAUCAACGCAUCAAAAAGAAGGUACAUUUAGAGAGUUUAAUCAACAAAAAACAUAUAUCGCAGCUCAAUAAUGGUUAACAGUAACAAGAAACCCGUGUAGGCCCUUUUUGUACUCAGUUCAAUAUAGCACAGACCACAAAAACUGCAGAGAAAGAUACACUACUCACUAUUGGGUUGCAAUUUGAGUGCAUGCUUUUGGGGGUUUUGUUUAUCCAUAGAUAUCCAAAAGAGCGUGGGUUUUGUUGUGUGUAUGAACCCCAGUUUCAAACAACAGCAAAGAAGAUGGUGUUGCAUUUGUUCCUGCUAUCUCCACUUAUUCGGCUAUUCCAACUGCACUUCAUUCAGCCAACAAACCGAAAGAGUAAGGGCAGAGACAUUUUUCUAUUUUCCGAUUAUUGUUACUACUAUAAGGCGAUGUGUUGCUGUAGCUUCCGCAUCAUAUAUGAGAGUGUAAUUGAAACUUAACAUAUAUUUUUUUACUGUUUAUUUUAUUGUUUGCAUUUAAGCUGUGGCAUGGCUGAAGCUUGAGGAAAAAGGAAAAGCAAGGAAGCAUAGCAGGUGGGGUGUCAGAGAUGAACGACAAACAGCAAAUCGAAAAUAUACACUCACUGCACUUAAUAACGACGCAUUAAAGGAGAUAAAGCUAACGUGGAGAGGUUAAAGCAAAUGAAUAAAAUUAAAAUAUUAAGCUAAGAGAACGUGUAAGCAGAAGAAGAAAACAACAAGCAGCGGUGAGGAGGAAAGGCAAGAUAAUAGCGUGUAAAGGAAAGGAAGGGAUGUGGAAGACAAAUAGCAAGCAAUCGGACUAACUUGGAAAAAGGGCUGUCCAGAGACGCGCCAGACUGUCGUGUGCGUGCGUGUGUGUGGUGUAUGAUGGUUGCAGUAGUUGUUUGUCGCACGAUCGUCGUUGUCUGUCGAUCGUGUGUCAUGUGAAUUCCGUUUUGGAUUUUCGCCGUUGUUUUGCGUUUCAAUGAUUGCGCUCUGCAUGUGUGUAUGUGUGUCAGCGAGGUUGGCGCAAAUAGUAGAACGGGUUGGUUAAAUGCAGCUUACACGCAGAAGGACCAUUGUCGAGGGAGAGUUGCAAACGCAAAUUGAUUCUUUCGGCAAAAUACGUACGUGUUAUGUGUUUGUGUAGGCGGUUUUAAAAACAAUUCCUUGCAGAACCUUUUUUUUAUUACUUUUAUAUUAAGCUAGAUUUUUAUCCCCAAUGUAAAGUGGUUGCUGUCUUUGUUUGGAUUUGUUUUAUUUUAUUCUCAGUUUGCCGCCCCCAUCCCCCAUUUUUUGUUUUGGAGAAAUUGGCAAAAAUAAUUCGCUAACAAUAGAAUGAGUAAGGGGCAGAAAUGAACACUCCCAUGCCUUGUGAAAAGACAUAACGCCCGUUUAACUCACAGACAGACAGAAAGAUAUACGGACAACCAGAGAGGGCGGCGCAUACACGAUGGUAUUGUGUAAAAACAAAAAAAAUGCGGUACAGAAUUGCUUGUUGUGUAUGAUGGCAUGUGAUACUCGUGUUUACUUCGUCCUCGUACGAACGGAAAAGACUAGACAAAAAUAUAUGUAGGGAAGCGGGGAGGGAACGAGAGGGGAUACUAACGAUGGGGCGCAAGAAUAGCGCAUCGGCAGAGAACGCAACAAACACACAAAGGUCGGCAAAGUAGCGCAAGUAUGCAAAGGUAUAGCGCACAGCAGAGCAAUGAGCGCGCCGGAAGGAAGAAACAGGAGGAGAGGAGGCACACGGUUUAUUAAAUCCAUGAAACGAAGCAGCAUAAGCGAAACAACAAAAAUCAAAUGAAAUAAAACAAUGAAUAAACCACACAAAA